UGCAGUUAACGUUGAAAAAUCACAUCAGUGAUUUGGUCAUUCACACUAUUAUUUUCUUUUUUGUUUUAUAACCGAGAAAGAACAAAAAAAACAAAAACAAUCGUAGCAUGGACAAAGUGCCGGAGAAAGUCACAGUGGCGCAGAUGGAGACCGAGUCGCAGCAAAAGCCAUCAAAGAUGCAGUGGCUCGCAGCCACAAGAGCCUUCUUGCAAAUUCCUAAUCCGGCGAUCGUCAAAGUUUUCAUCCUAAGCAGCUUGACUACGUUCACCUCAGGAAUUGCCUUGGUCCUUGAAUGGAUCUGUCACGGAAAGAGCCACAACGGAUUUGGGUGGAUCCUCUACUAUGCAUUUUUCUUGAUGGGUCUUCCUCUCCUCAUCUUGAUCGGUCUUAUCCUCAUGGCCAUCUCUUCUUCAAGCUGUAGCUCAAAUGUUCAGAUUGUAGAUACAGCCUCAAGCAAAAAGCCUCGCGUUGUGCAGAACCAGUGUACCGAGACCGAGACGAAUCAACGAACUGAAGAGACGGAGAGAAACAGUUGUCGAAGCUUGCAUGCCUUGCUCCGGAUGACGAGAAGAUGCCAAGGAUAA